ACAAUGUAAAACGCUUGUUUUGCAUGGUAAUGAUGAUUUGUCUUGUGUCAGUGAAGAAGAUUUAGAAUCUGCAAUACAGCUUCAACACCAUAGAAAGCUGCCAUCAUACAAAUUGGUUGGUGACAACAUUGACAUAAUGAUACAUGCCAGAAUUCAAACACAGCAAUUACACGAGAAUAGGUCUAUUCAUUGGACCCAACAGUAUGGAAUUCUAAACCGUGUAAAUGAACCAUCACUAGACAGAUCAAGACCACAGAAACCAUUACAAGAGAUCCAGUUAAUAGAGCUACUGCCAGGUAAAGAUGUACAAGAAAACCUGAAGACAAGAUGGGCUGCAUUAGUCGCAAGAGUGAUAUGUAAAUAUCUUGGAAAAUUUAAACAUCUCAAGCGAGCUCUAGUUUACCAUAUUCAGCACAAGUAUUCCAAAGAGAUGGCUGAUAAGUCAGAAACGUGUUGCCUAGGGAUCCAGUUUGCAAAUUCAAAUGUUGCAAGUGAGAUGGUACAACUUUUGCAAACAAAUUGA